CAUAUCAUACAUUCCAUCAUCAUCCCAAGGAAACUGUAACGAGCGGGGGAAAAAACUACCGCCCGCCCCCAAAACGACGCGGUAUCUGCCCACGUUGCAGUGGCAAAAUAAUCCUGAAUUCCUGAUCUCUAUGGGGCCCGCGGUUUCCCGGUCCGGUAAAUCGGACGGCGGAGAUCUCUCAUCUGGCGUCAUCUCAAAGGUUUUCUUUAGUCACUCCUUGAACGCAAUCCUUUUUCUUUUUUUGCCUCUCCUAUUUGAGUGUUGUCUUGGCUUAAAAAAAAAAAAAAAAACUGCUCAGUCGGGUCCGUUUCCUUAUUUUUCUCUCGUGUUCCUCCCGUUUUGCUCGUUUCUGCGUGUCGCCGCCGCACCUCCCUCGGCGGCUUCCCCACCAUCUCCUUCCCUCUCCUCCUCCUAUCCAAAACAAACUAAAAACAUGAAAAAGAGUUUAUUCUCAAACUGAAUUAUCUUUUGUCUCGUUGUCUCCAGAGUCCUUUUGUCGAACAGUUGGUGUGCGUAUCUAUCCGGUCAGAAGAGUUUUAGGGUUUCAGUUGCAGUCGUCGUAAUAAAAAGAGGAGAGGGAAGACUUAGUUGAAAAAUCCCAAAAAAAAAAAAAAAAAAAAAGAGAGCCGAGAAAUAAGGGUGGUAAUUUUUAUCGGGUUGUUUAUUUUUGGACUGAAAGAUUUGAUUCGUUUUUUUCUGGAGGAAGCCGAAGAGAGUUGAAAGAAAUGGCUCAGGUUCAGGUACCGGUUCAAGCGCAAAGUGUGAACGGCGGGGCGAACAACAACCCGCAUUUCACCACCACUUCGCUCUACGUCGGCGAUCUGGAGCUCAACGUCACUGAGGCGCAGCUUUUCGAUCUGUUCACCCAGGUCGGCCAGGUUGUGUCGAUUCGUGUUUGCAGGGACUUGACCACUCGCAGGUCGCUGGGCUAUGGCUACGUCAACUUCACCAAUGCCCCCGAUGCUGCUAGGGCAUUGGAUAUGCUCAAUUUUACUCCAAUCAAUGGGAAACCUGUUAGAAUCAUGUAUUCUCACCGUGACCCUAGCAUUCGCAAAAGUGGUGCUGGGAAUAUUUUUAUCAAGAAUUUGGACAAGGGUAUUGACCACAAAGCACUGCAUGAAACCUUUUCGGCCUUUGGGAACAUUCUCUCUUGCAAGGUUGCUACUGAUUCUUCUGGUCAGUCAAAAGGUUAUGGUUUCGUCCAGUUUGAUACCGAGGAAGCUGCACAGAAGGCCAUAGAGAAAUUGAAUGGAAUGCUGAUAAACGACAAGCAAGUAUUUGUGGGUCCUUUCCUUCGCAAACAGGAAAGAGACUCCUCAAAUGACAGGAGCAAAUUCAACAAUGUGUUUGUCAAGAAUCUUGGCGACAACACCACUGAUGAUGAUUUGAAGAAUGCCUUUGGUGAAUUUGGACCAAUCACCAGUGCUGUGAUUAUGAGAGAUGCAGAAGGAAAAUCCAAAUGCUUUGGUUUCGUCAACUUUGAGAGUUGUGAUGAUGCUGCUAGAGCUGUUGAUGCCCUUAAUGGAAAGAAAUUUGAUGACAAAGAGUGGUAUGUUGCCAAAGCCCAAAAGAAAUCUGAGAGGGAAGUCGAACUGAAACAAAAGUUCGAGCAGACAAUGAAAGAGGCUGCUGAUAAGUUUCAAGGAGCUAACUUGUAUGUUAAAAAUUUAGAUGAUAGCAUAGCUGAUGAGAAGCUGAAAGAAUUAUUCGCCCCAUAUGGUACAAUAACAUCAUGCAAGGUCAUGCGAGAUCCUAGUGGCGUUAGUAGAGGCUCGGGGUUUGUUGCGUUUUCGACUCCUGAAGAAGCUAAUAGAGCUCUUUUGGAGAUGAACGGAAAGAUGAUUGUCAGCAAACCAUUGUAUGUUGCACUUGCUCAAAGGAAGGAAGAUAGAAGAGCUAGACUGCAGGCGCAAUUUUCUCAAAUGCGACCAUUGGCAAUGCCACCUUCUGUUGCACCUCGUAUGCCAAUGUAUCCUCCUGGGGCACCUGGAAUGGGACAGCAGAUAUUCUAUGGGCAAGCCCCUCCUGCUAUCAUACCUUCGCAGCCUGGAUUUGGGUAUCAGCAACAGCUUGUGCCUGGUAUGCGUCCUGGAGGGGCACCUAUGCAAAACUACUUUGUCCCAAUGGUUCCACCAGGUCAGCAGGGUCAGCGACCUGGUGGUCGAAGGGGAGGGGCUGGUCAGCAAUCUCAGCAACCGGUUCAACUCAUGCAGCAGCAGAUGCUUCCAAGGGGGGGCCGUGUCUACCGCUAUCCUCCAGGGCGUGGUAUGCCUGAUGGCCCCAUGACUGGUGUUGCUGGGCCUGGAGGCAUGCUCUCUGUUCCAUAUGACAUGGCUGGUGGUAUGCCUAUGCGAAGUGAUGCCGGACUCUCUCAGCCAAUCCCCAUAGGGGCUUUGGCUACUGCACUUGCUAAUGCUACUCCAGAUCAGCAGAGGACUAUGCUGGGUGAGAAUCUGUACCCUCUGGUGGAACAACUGGAGCCAGAUGCUGCAGCUAAGGUGACAGGGAUGCUUCUGGAGAUGGAUCAGACGGAGGUUCUGCACUUGUUGGAGUCACCAGAGGCAUUGAAGGCAAAGGUUGCUGAGGCUAUGGACGUGCUGAGGAGUGUUCAGCAGCAUCAGGCAGCAGGUGGUACCGCCGAUCAGCUGUCCUCGCUGUCUUUGAAUGAGAACCUCGUCUCUUGAAGCUUCUGUGAGGUUGGUUGGAGUGUAUGCCUGGGCGUUUGAGACUAGAGAGAUGUGUGUUCUGAUACAUUCGUACUGGCUUUUUAUUUUUGGAGUUUAGGGCUUUAGAAGGAGAUAUUGCCUACUUCUUUCGUUUUUUAGUUAUAUUUUUUUUUCUCUGGGUUUCCUUCUGCCGGGGCUGUGAACGACAGGAUUGAUUGAUGACUUGUCUUCAAUCUUUGAUGCUUGCGCAUUCUGGCUUGCUUUGUGUGUUAUGUUUGGUAUGUAAAAAAUCUUGCAUAUGAUGGUAUCUCUUUUUUAGAACAACCGGUUAGUCAUUGCUAGUAGCUGCUAUGACCCAUGCUACUCAAGAGGAUUCAGAUACCACAAGAACACGUCGUAGCUCAUUCUUUUGCUUGGUCUACUGGCUGGCUGCCUCUUUUGACAAGGCAGUACAGCACGACACUCUCCUCUCCCGGCAUUCUGUAGAAUCCAUGG